UUUCUUUGCUGAGAAUUAGCAAUAUUCAUUUUUUUAUGUUUUUAUCUCUUUAGUUACCAAAAAUAUUCCAUGUCAAUUGGUUUCGUCUAGAUAAAAAUAAGAAAUUCUUAUGGCCUGGAUACGGUGAUAAUAUUCGAGUACUCGAUUGGAUUCUACGUCGUAUAAAUGAUGAAGAUAUUGCUGUAAAAACACCUGUUGGCUUAUUACCUAAAAAAGGUAGUAUAAAUGUAGAUGGUUUAAAAGAAAUCGACUGGGAUGAGUUGAUGGGCGUCUCAAAAGAUUAUUGGUUGGCAGAUAUUCAAGAGACGAAAAAAUGGUUAGUUGGGCAGUUGGGAGAGGAUUUACCAAAUGAAUUGAUAAGAAUUAUUGAAGAACAAGAACAACGACUUUCUGAAAUCAACUGA